AUGAACCCCCCUACUGCAACCAUCAACGGUGUCACUAUCCGAAACCAUGACAAACCUUAUGAGGCAAUCUCCCCUCAGCGGCCAGAGCUGUCUCAGCAAGGCAGAGUUGUUCUUGUCAGCGGUGGCUCGACUGGUAUCGGCCAUGCUAUCGCAAGAAACUAUUGCAUUGCAAGUGCAUCAAGUGUCAUUAUCCUAGGUCGUCGCGAAGAUGUUACUAGUGCUGCAGCAUCUAAGCUUAAUGAUGCAUACCCCGACACUUUAGUGACUUCCCGUACCUGUGACGUCUUCAACAGGGUCCAGGCUCAACAAGUUUGGGAUGAAUUGGAGAAAGUUGGUAUCCUGAUUGAUGUUCUCGUCCUCAAUGCCGUCAGUCAGCCGGCGCUCCAGCCGAUUCUUGAUCAAGGUGCCGAUAGACUUUGGCAAGACUUUGAGAAUAAUGUUCACGCGCCGCUUUACAUGGUAGAGAGGUUCUACAAGCAACCCAAGCAUGUGAAACAGAAGUUUGUUAUUUCCAUCUCUACCCAAGACAUCCAUCGUUGGGAUAGUGCCCCUCAGAUGCCGGGCUACCAGCUCACCAAAAAUUCAUUUGCUACGGUCAUGCAACAGGUUGCUCGAGACACGCCCGAGGAGAAGAUACGAAUCAUUUCGUUCCACCCUUCCAUCGUGUUCACCGAGUCUGCUCGCAAGACUGGGUACACGGAAGACACCUUGCCCUGGACUGAUGAAAACCUCCCUGGCUCUUUCGCAGUUUGGGCUGCUUCUGGAGAGGCACAGUUCCUCCAUGGCCGGUUCGUCUGGUCUACUUGGGAUGUCAAAGAUCUGGCUUCCGGAGACCUGAAAGAUCAGAUCGAGGCUGAUCAGUGGCUACUCAAGGUUGGAGUCAAGGGUCUUUGA